AAAGUAUGUGGUCACUUGCCCAGCUGUGAUCUACCACCCCCACACAGCAAUGCUCUGGGUCCAUCUCAGUGGCCUCAAGGAGCCUGUCCAGGUGACCAUCCAACUGCAGAGAGAAGAUGGGACCCCCAACAUCACCCUGCUGGAGAAGGUGGUCCAGGAGCCUCAACUGCACCUGAACAUCACCUUCCCUGCUCCUGCCCCCACGGGUGGGAAGCAGGAAAUUGUGGACCUGCACCUCUCAAUCCAAGGAGAUUCCCUGAAUGUGUCUGAGCACAAGAAGGUGAUGCUGAAAACUCUGGAGCCUGGAAUCUUCAUACAGACAGACAAGGCUGUCUACCUGCCUGGACAGGAAGUGAAGUUUCGCAUUGUCUCCUUGGACAAAGACUUCACUCCCAGCAACCAGAAGCUGCCCCUGGUGAUCCUGAAGGAUCCCAGCAGGAACCACAUCGCACAGUGGAGGGAGGUGACCCCACGGCAGGGAAUUGUGGACCUGUCCCUCCCACUCACUGCAGAGCCAGAGCAGGGCACCUACACCAUCGAGGUGGGGGAGAAGACACACUCCUUCAGCGUGGAGGAAUAUGUGCUGCCCAAGUUUGAUGUGACCCUUGAUCUCCCCAGUGUGGUGCUGGAGAAGGACAAGACAUUGCAGAUGAAGGUUUGUGGACGGUACACCUAUGGGAAGCCUGUCCAGGGGAAGGUCCAGGCCAACGUGUGCCACAUUGUGAGGCCCCACAGGUUUUUGAGUUUUAUCAAUCAAGAGGGAAACUGCAUCGAGGUUACAGGACAGACUGGGAAGGAUGGUUGCUUUUCUACAGAGGUUUCAUUGAAUGCCUCCAUCAUGACCAGCUUUGGGUAUCACAAGCAACUCCAAGUCCAGGCAUUGCUGGUGGAGGAUGGGACAGGGCUGGAGAUGCUAACCACCAAGAACUGCAAGAUUUCAGCUGAUGUGUUCACCAUCAGCUUUGAAAACCCUGAUAAAGUCUACAAGCCUGGGAUCCCCUACACUGGGACGAUGCUGCUGAAGGGAGCUGAUGGCACUGAGCUGCCACAGAAGCAGCUCUUGCUCAUCGUGGACCAGCAGGGGAAAGAGAAGACACAGACCUUCACAACAGACAUAUCAGGAAGAGCCUCCUUUGAGCUGGACACGUCUGGUUGGAGUGACAGGGUCAUGCUGCGUGGUGAAAUCAGUGAGACAGCUCUCACCCAGGAUGGUGGCUCAAAAGUCUCCUACAGAAAGGCCUUCAUGAACCUCAGACCCUUCUUCUCAGAGAGUAAGAGCUCGCUGCAGAUCCGCCAGCUGAAGGGUGAGCUGCCCUGUGGUCAGCCCCAGCAGCUCUGGGCAGACUACAUCUUCAGCAAGGAGGCCUUGGGGACAGAGCUGCAGAGCCUGGAUGUGGUUGUCCUGGUCCUGGCCAAGGGGACCAUUGUCACUGCCCUCAAAAAAGAGCUGUCUGCAGAGCCUGGGCUGAGAGGCUCCUUCUCCCUGGAGCUGCCCAUUGGCCUGGAGCUGGCACCCCAGGCCAAGGUUCUGGGCUAUGUGGUCCUGCCCAAUGGUGAGAUGGUGGCUGACAGCAUCAAGCUCACAGUGGCCAAGUGCUUCCCCAACAAGGUGAAGAUGGCCUUUUCAGAGCCCAGGGCCCUGCCUGGCACAGCACUGCAGCUGCAGCUGGAUGCUGCCCCAGGGUCCCUGUGUGCCAUCCGUGCUGUGGACCGCAGUGUGCUGCUCCUGAAGCCUGAGGCUGAGCUCAACGCUGAGGCAGUCUAUGAAGCACUCCCCAGCUUCAACUACCCUGGCAGCAUUCGGGACCCACCACACUGUCAACGUCACGGGAGGUAUCUGCUCCCUUUCUAUGUUUGGUGGAAUGCUGAGAUGGAGACCUACCAGUUGUUUCAGGAUGCAGCACUGAAGCUUUUCACCAAUGCCAAGAUCAGCAAGGACUGCCCAGACAGAUCCUACCCCAUUGCCUUGCCAGGACCCGUUAUGAGAGAUCACGUAGUUUUGUUCAGUUCGAGGAAUAAUGUCCCAAUCGCUGCAAGUGAGAACACACUAGACUUUGUAGAUACCAAGGACCAGGAUGAUACACCUCGGGUGUAUUUCCCAGAGACCUGGCUGUGGGACCUGGUCCCUGUGGGGGAGGGAGGCUCCGCUGAGAUGGCAGUGACAGUGCCUGAUGCCAUCACUGAGUGGAAAGCUGGGAUGUUCUGCAUGGCCCCUCAGGGCUUGGGGCUGUCUCCUGCAAUCACCCUCACAGCAUUCAAGCCCUUCUUCGUGGAGCUGGCACUGCCCUACGCUGUGGUCAGGCACGAAGCCUUCACCCUCGUGGCCACCGUCUUCAACUACCUACAGCAGUGCCUGAGGGUUCAGGUGACGCUGGCAGAGUCGGCGGAGCUGGAGGUGUCGGCGAGGGCGGAGGAGGACUAUGGUGGCUGUGUCUGUGCAGAUGAAGCAAGGACCUUCCGCUGGGACGUGCAGGCCACCAGGCUGGGGAAGGUGAACAUCACUGUCAGCACCAAGGCCAUCAGCUCCAAGGAGCUCUGCGGCAAUGAGCUGCCCGUGGUGCCACCCCAGGGGCACGUGGACACCGUGAUAAAGCCCUUGCUGGUGCAGCCUGGGGGAAUCCUGGUGGAGAAGGCACACAGCUCCCUGUUCUGCCAGGAAGGUAGGAGCAGCCAGGGAUGUGCUGAAAAAAUCUCCCUAGAAGUUCCUGCAAACACCCUGGAGGGCUCCCAGCGAGCUCAUGUUGCUGUGAUGGGUGACAUCAUGGGCAAUGCCCUGCAGAACCUGGGCAGCCUCCUGGCCAUGCCCUAUGGCUGUGGGGAGCAGAACAUGGUUCUCUUCGCCCCCAACAUCUACAUCCUGCAGUAUCUGGAGAAGAGUGGGCAGCUGCUCCCUGACAUCCGUGGCAAGGCACAGAGCUUCCUGCAGAGCGGGUACCAGCGAGAGCUGCUCUACAAACAUGAUGAUGGCUCUUACAGUGCCUUUGGGAAGAGUGAUUCCACAGGGAAUACCUGGCUGACAGCAUUUGUCCUCAAGUCCUUUGGGCAAGCCAGAGCCUACGUGCCCAUCGAGGAGAGGCACAUCACCGACGCUCUGAGCUGGCUGCAGAAGCAGCAGAAGCCAACGGGUUGUUUCAACAGCGUGGGCAAACUCUUCAACAAUGCCAUGAAGGGUGGUGUCUCGGAUGAGAUCACACUCUCAGCUUAUGUGACAGUAGCAUUGCUGGAGGUGGGAAUCACGUGCCAGGACCCAAUGGUGAGCUCAGCCAUGCAGUGCCUGGAGGCUUCAAGCACAGACAACCCCUACACAGAGGCCCUGCUUGCCUAUGCCUUUGGGCUGGCAGGGGACAGGGAGCAGCAGCAAGCAAAGCUGCAGAGCCUGGCCCAGCACAGCAUCAGCACAGAGGGGCAGCUGUACUGGCAGAGGAAGGGGCAGGCUGUGCCCUCCUCGGAGUCCUUAUGGGCUGCAGCAUCGUCGGCAGAGGUGGAGACAACAGCCUAUGUCCUCCUGGCCUACCUGUCCCAGCCCCAGGUGUCCUCUGCUGACCUGGCCACCGCAGCCCGGAUCAUCCGCUGGCUCAGCAAGCAGCAGAACCCGUACGGAGGCUUUGCCUCCACACAGGUACCAGCACUGGUGUCC